AUGAUAUCAGUCGUGGCAGUCGUGUUCCUGGCGCAGCUCGCUCUCAACGUGAUCAGCGCAUUCGGCGCGCAGACUGUCAACGACAUAGCAUGGUGCUUCUUCACCAAACUGCCCAGCUCCCCAGCCGGCGACAGCCAAGAAACCAAAAAGCUCCGCGAUGAAGUCGUCCGUCUCAACCGCGAAAUGACAGCAACUUCAGCACAAGACAACUUCGCAAAAUGGGCCCGCCUGCGCAGAGGUCACGACAAGGCCAAAGAGAAGUACGAUAAGCAAGCACAAUCCUCCCGAUCCCUCCGCUCCACCUUCGACUCCAUCGUCUCCAAACUCCGCUGGGUCGGGACCCAAGGCGUCAACUUCCUGCUCACCACCUACUACGCCAAGCAGCCCAUGUUCUGGCUUCCGCAAGGAUGGGUUCCGUACCAUGCUGAGUGGGUUCUAUCACUACCACGUGCGCCGCUGGGAAGCAUCUCGGUCAAUGUAUGGGCGAUAGCGUGUGGGAGCGUGAUUGCUAUGCUCAGUCAGGGCAUUGUAGCGCUUUGGGCGUUGAGGAGUGGGGAGGUGAAGAGUGGACCGAACAAGGGGGAGAAGAUACAGAUGGAGGGGAUGAAGAUGGGGAGUGAGGGGAAGAAAGAGCUUUGA